AUGAAAUGCCGUCUUGAGUUGAAUCCAUCCAAAGACAGCAACAUGACUAACUUCAAACUCGGAGAACGUGCACCUCCAUCGAACAUGGUGCGAACCAACAACUACACUUAUAUAAAUUUCUUACCGAAGUUCCUUUACGCUCAAUUCAAGCAAGUGGCCAACCUGUUCUUCUUAGUGCUGUCAUUUAUACAGACAUUGCCUGGAUUAUCACCUUUUGGUCGGCAAGCAACAAUUCUACCUCUCAGUUUUAUCAUCGGGACUUCAGCCAUUCGUGAAAUUUAUGAAGACGUGCGCCGUCGUGUGCGAGACCGCAAAAUGAACUUUCAGAAAUGCUACGCGCACACGGAUGAAGGAUGGAAGAUGAUUCCAUGGUGUGAACUUCAUGUCGGUCAGUUGAUUCGAGCUGUAAAUGGCGAACAGUUAGCGGCUGAUUGUCUCAUUCUCGCUACUUCCGAGCCCGGUUCUGUCGUUUAUGUCGAGACGGCAAAUCUUGAUGGGGAAAGCAACCUUAAGGAAUUUUGGCAAAGUGGUGUCGAAAUAUUCUACGACGUUCCAAACGGAAACAUCUAUGAAUUUCAAGGCCAUAUGACCGGAAAAUCGCACCUCUUGCAAACAUCAGCUGAGAGCGCGAGCCUCAGCACAGAUAGAGUCAGUUGGGGGGCCAUUCCAGCCAAUGCGCAUGUAAUUCUUCGAGGAGCUCGUCUGAAGAAUACGGACAACAUCUACGGCAUUGUGCUUUACACGGUAUCACAUAUAUUGUUACAACUAUAUGGAAUAGUGUGCACCUCGUUGAACCUAUUGCAGGACGAGACGAUGAUUGACGAGAAUGGGCGAGGUCCCGACGUAAAAAUGUUCUCAUUAAAUUCGGAACUCGGUGAUGUCAAGUAUGUGAUGUCGGAUAAGACGGGUACGCUGACGCAGAACUGCAUGCGAUUUCGUAUGUGUUCAGUGGGUGGUGUGAAAUAUGCGAACCGACGGUCGAGGAGGGACAAAAAAAAUGCCCAUCAGAUACGAGAUUUCCUCUUGUCAUGCGCACUCUGUCAUACAGCAUCUCCAGACAAGAACACGUCUACAUCCGAUCGGCCUCUUUACCACGCCACUUCCCCUGAUGAACAUGCUCUCCUUGACUUCGCUGCUAGUGCAGGUUUCAUCUUCAAAAAACGAGCACCAGGAAAGUGCAUACUCAAUGUGUUAGGGACUACAGUGGAGUACGAUUUGGUGGCGAUUCUCGAGUUCGACUCGCAAAGAAAACGUAUGUCAGUAAUAGUGAAGGAACCUGGUGGCAAUUAUAAACUCUACAUCAAAGGAGCAAAUCCUCAGUAUUCUUACAUGGAAGCACAUCUUCAGGACCAAAAAAUCUUCGAACGACUCAAAAACGUUUCCCAGAAAGAGCUGAAACGGACAGCCGGCCAUUUACAGCAGUUCGCAAUAGGAGGUCAUCGAACCCUCUGCUUUGCUGUUAGGACCAUCGAUACCGCGACUUUCACAGCUUGGUACAAGGAAUAUAUUCAAGCUAUUAACGACACCACCAGAAGAAAGUCGCGGCUGGCUGAACUUGCGGAAGUCAUCGAAAAGGAGCUUGUUCUGAUUGGAGUGUCAGCGAUUGAAGAUCGUCUACAAAAGCGCGUACCGGAGACGGUAAGACGGCUCAUUGCUGCUGGAAUUCGAGUCUGGGUACUAAGUGGAGACAAACUGGAGACCGCCGUCAACAUAGCGAAAUAUUUGAAAAUCCUUGGCGAAAAGGUGCUCUCUCGGCGAGAUCAGCAAAUCUCCCUUAUCGUAGACGCCACGUGCUUGGACUUCAUCCUCGUUGAACAGACCGAUAGGGACCAAUUUCUCCGCUUGGCCCUCUGCUGCUCUGCUGUGAUUUGUUGUCGAUGCACACCAUUUCAAAAGGCGGCAGUUACUCGUCUUGUGAAGGCAAACGUCUGUGGAGCUGUGUUGGCAAUAGGAGAUGGCGCAAACGAUGUGGCCAUGCUACAGGAGGCAGAUGUUGGUGUUGGAAUAUCUGGUCAAGAAGGCAUGCAGGCAGCUCUGGCUUCUGAUUAUACCAUCUCCCAGGGGACUGAUAAAAUCUACUUGCAGUUUUAUCACCUUGAUCGACUGCUGUUCGUACAUGGUACUCUGUCGCUAUUCCGUACAUCGAAAUGUAUUCUCUUCUCCCUCUACAAAAAUGUUCUCGAGACUUGUGUACUGAGUUUUUAUACUUAUGUGAAUGGGCACAGUGUUCAGACAAUAGCUGAUGAAUGGACUGUGUUAUUCUACAACAUGUUCUUCACCAGCUUUCCUGCCCUAAUUAUGGGCAUCUUCGACCGUCCAGCUCCGAUCAGUAGUCUUAUCAAGUAUCCACAACUUUACUCGUACUACCAAAAUUCUCUGAGCAACUGGUACGUUCCUCUCAUUCCGCGAGCCCUUGGAGGAGUGUUGCUUGUGGUUCCGCCAAUCGCUCUCGUUUUGGUCGUUUUGCUAGUUGCUAUCGCAGCUCUUUUGCCCGAUGUGGCCAUAAAAGUAUUUCGUCGCGCUUUACGGGCGGACAUGCAAGACGCAAUGCUUUGGCAUGAAGGUAUUCGCGGUUCGCAAUUCAACAUACUUUACCAGCCGAUUUUUAAAAUGUGCGACAUUGUCGGUUUGAAAACGUAUGGUGAAUUGGAAAGCAACAGAUAUGGUUUUGCUUUUGCUCAAGACGACGGCGUUGCAAUCACGCAAAUGGACCUUCUACAAGAACACUCAGCUGACUCGUUGUCUCUCCAAACACCUGGCAUUCAAGAACCGAGCGAACCGAAUGAUUGUGUAAAAGAAAACGAACGAUCUGUCGACGAUAAGACUGUGGUAAGCUCAUUGUCGGAGAAAUCACCGAAGAUGAAGGCUGAAGCUGUGGAACCGACGAAAAAUCACAACUCAUCAUGA